AUGGACGAAUCAUUCGCCUUUUACGUAGCCUCACAGGCAAUUGUUCGACGUGACCGCAUUCUGCGACAUCCGAAGGAAUACUACAGGGGGUUUAUAGAACUCGACGAGGGGAGCAGAGAUGGAGAUCCUAGUAUUGAUACGUUGAGCGGAGUAGACGAUCUUCUCGAUACAACACCAGAAAUCAGAUUGCGCGAGCACUUGCGAUGGAUCAGCAACAAUAGCGGCCUUUUAGAAGGCGCGUGGCCGGCGAUGUUGGGCGAGCCUCUGCGGGAACCAACGCGAGACGAAGAUACGAGACUGCCACUGUCUCUGAAGCUAAGCCAAACAACACGCUUCAGUUACGGAGAAACGGGUGUUAUCUGAGCUGCUAGGACUUCGUGCAGGGCGUGUGUGGUGGUUGGGACGAUUGUUCGGUUAGGCUAGAGUACUGCUCUUCAAAGAAUGUUCUUGCUGCUCCUACAUGAUUUAAGCUUGUUGACGUCAAUGCCAAGGGUCGUCGAUGCUCAAUCUAGCCUGCGCUUACAGAGGACGAGGUAAGUCAAAUGACUACUCCAGUAAGUGGCCGUACUAGGUGCA